UGUUCAGUAGCGCGUUGCCUGUACGUUGUCGUUGGAGGCGGUAUGAAAAGAAAAGCCGGUGUAUAUUUGAGGUCGUGAAACAUAGUGAAUCGGAGGUUGUUGCAUUUAAUAUCGGCGAAAUCGUAAAGAAUCCAAGCUGCAGUCAUGGUGCAGGGAAAGAGUAACAAGAUGAUUCAGCACAUCAAUUACAGGAUGAGAGUGGUACUGCAAGAUGGCCGCAUCUUCAUAGGAACUUUUCUAGCAUUUGACAAGCACAUGAAUGUUAUCCUCGGUGACUGCGAGGAAUUCAGGAAAGUUAGAGCCAAGGCAAAGAGCUCUGACAGAGAAGAGAAGAGAGUGCUUGGCCUUGUUUUGCUCAGGGGUGAACACUUGGUAUCAAUGACAGUCGAAGGCCCACCUGUCAAGGAUAAAGGACCACGUGUGCCAGUUCCAGGUGGUGGUAGAGGACCAGGCAUGGGGAGGGCAGCAGGAAGAGGUGUUCCUACACAUCCACAUCAUUCUGCCGCACCAGCUGGUCUUUCAGGACCUGUCAGGGGAGUCGGUGGACCUUCACAGAGCAUGAUGGCCCCACAGAGAGCUCCAGGACCACCAGGAUUUGCAGCAAGGCCACCGAUGAGGCCACCAAUGGGAGCGCCUGGAAUGAUGCCGGGUAGAAUGCCACCACCAGUUGGACGAGGAAUGCCACCAAUGGGAAUGAGACCCCCAAUGCGUGCACCACCUCCACAAAGGAGAUAAUGGACAUUGUAACAUUGAUGAUUUUAAAUGAACUUUGCAGAGAGUGACAAAGCUGCAAGAUUGUAACACUCCAAAAUCUCAGCUGUGUUUGACAGGAACAAAGAACUGGGUCAUGUUACAAUUGGGUUACUCCACUUUACAGUAGUAACUCUUGCGAGAUGGCGAUCAGCAACGUGAUAGAAAAAGACACCUUUCGUAUGGAAAUCUAACUUGCUGAAGUAAUAAGAAAGUACAAACACUAUGCAGCUAGAGAGUUUGUCCUAGUGUUGAAGAUUCUAACUCGUUGUCUAUUUUGUGAAUACUUAACCUAGAUAAACUGCUUAUCCGGGCAAGUAUCGCACUACCAAUACCACAAUUGAUUUGUGUAUUUUAGUUGAUAAAUUGUGAGGGUGGUAUGUGUUUACUUUAUAACUUGAAAUGUUAAUAUACUGUAAAGUUUUAGAUGUAAUUCUCGUGAACUUUUAACGGAUUUAUAAUUUUUUGUCAUCAUCUAUUACAAUUCAAAAUUUGUCUGUUUCGUUUUAGUUCUGUAACUGGGCUGGGUUUGCAAGGGCACCUUGGGUUUGUUCUGUACGACCUAUCGAUAUUAAGUUCACCACAAAACUUCAAGUACUACGGACUUUGUUUACAGACUUCGUUUCUGUGUAUGUUAUGUUGACAUAAUUUGAUUUUUUUUAUAGUAUGCAAAGGAAAGAUGGUGAGAAAGUUGACAAUAAACAAUUUGUAAGAUA